AAUAUAUGCAUACCACGGUUACCUUGGCGUCACACGUCUGUUUUUAGCAAGUGUUAGGCAGACAGAAGGUCGGAAGGAAGAACUGAGAGAGGAGACAAGGAGGAGUCAGGCGGGUCUGUGUAUCUCAUGCUUGGUCGAACAUGGGCCUCUAUUAACAAUGUGAGAUUUUCCUUUUUUUCACCACCCCACCUACAACAUAGGCUUACUCCAUCACAUCUUGUACUCUUUUACAUGCUGCAGUCACUGACUUGGCAAGACUGCGGCAGUGAGCCAUAGCAGAAAGACAUAGUUUUUACCUGUAGAGUUCAGCGUGUUACAUUCUAGGGGGGGAAAAAACAUCUUGGUAUUUUCAGAACUCUUUAGCUGCUGAUUUUUGGACCUUCUGCUGACAUCCUGCUCCAAGUGAAAUAAGCGGAAUACUGUUCAGGGAACAACCAAUUAUGCCAAAGUCAUGGGUAGUGCUCAUUUGGCUGAGUGGCACAUUUUUAUCUGGACAAAGCAUGUCUCAUGACAAAAAUGUAAAGCUGGAAUCCGAGUCACUUCAAGUCGACCAAACAGUAACCCCAGAAACUGGGAUUGAAACCUGGAGGAAACUCUCCGAUUCUGGAAAGUCUUUCCCUUCAGGUGUGGGACAAGGAGACAAACACAUUCUGAUGCCGACAGAAGAACAGCUCCAGAACCCCCAAAACCUGAAGGCUGAUAGACUAAAGAGAGAUGCUUGGUGGAAGAAGAAACACGCAGCGACAGUGAACUCCUUUGCCUAUGAAAUAGCAGGAUUAGGGCGACCCCUGGCGGUAUGGAGGAUGAACAAAAAAGGAGAGAGGGCGAGCAGCAUCUCAAUGGCUUUACUGGAGGAGUUUCAUUCUGAGAAGAGGCAGAUAAUGGAUCAAGAGAAAGCACAGGAGGAAGAGGAGGUGGAGCAGGAAGAUGAUGACGAUCAUGACGAUGACGAAGACGACGAGGGCGAUGAUGAUGAUGAUGAUGAUGACGACGACGAAGAUGAUGAUGAUGAUGAUGAUGACGAAGACGAGGAAGAUGAGGAAGAGGAGGUAGAUGAGCAGGAGGACGAGGAGGAGGAGGAGGAGGAGGACGAGGAGGAGGAAGAAGAAGAGGUAACUGAAGCUCCUGGCUAUCAGACUGAAACAAAGAGCAUCUCACCAGAUCCUCCUGUGGGUCAGUGUCAGACUGACAGCAGUGAAAUCAUCUGCAGAGAUGUUGGCAUGACUCACCUGCCAAUCAUCCACAACCCGGAGGCCAGGAAGCUAGAUGUGGGAGAGAACAACAUUCGAGUCAUUCCUCCAGACGUUUUCUCCGGGGUGCCAAAUCUGGAAUCCCUGGACCUGAGCAAAAACCAACUGGAUGAUGAUUCAUUCAACCGAAACCAGCUGUCUAACUUGACCUCUCUGAAGAAACUGAACUUGGAUGGCAACCAGCUCACAGUGAUCCCCACUCUGCCCCCGGCUCUUGAAGAACUGAGCGUCAACAACAACAACCUCCACACCCUCUCCCCUCAUUGUUUCGCAGGGUUGACAAACCUGUUGAACCUGGAGAUGGAAGGGAACAGCCUGCACGAGAGUGCUGUGUCACCCCAAGCAUUCAAACCACUCAAGGGGCUUCGUCACCUCAACCUGGAGAACAACCGAUUCCGCUCUCUGCCCCCAGGUCUUCCCCGCUCUCUGCAGACUUUAGAAAUGGAUAAAAAUAUGAUCGAGGAGGUGACAGAAGAGGCACUGAGGGGCUGCAGUCAGUUGAAAAUGCUAGGCCUGAGUCAUAACCUUCUGCAUGAGGACAGCCUUGCCCAACAUGUCUGGACCCGCCUGCGGAGACUUGAAUUGUUGGACCUCUCUUACAACCAGCUGACAUCGAUGGCCAUGAAUCUUCCUCGCCAUCUGCUCAAACUGAAGCUCCAACACAACAACAUCAGCCGUAUCCCCGCUCACAUGUUUCGCCACCUGCGGCCUGGCCUGCAGUUACUUGGUCUAUCUCACAAUGCCUUGAGGGAUGAGGGGAUUGAGCAGGGAUCUUUUGUCGGAACGUUCCGCUCGCUCGUUGAGCUCCUGUUGGAUGACAACCACCUGGCGGAGGUCCCACUCUGGGUUCGACAGUUUAAGAACCUGCAAGUACUGAGGCUGGACAACAACUAUAUCAGGCAGCUCAGGCGCUGGGCAGUGUGUCAUCCCCAAAAUUUGGGCUCCACCUUGGCGUCAGUCCACUUAGAAAAUAACCUGUUGGUGGCUGAAAAGAUUCCCUCCAAUGCCUUCGCUUGUCUCACAGAUGCUGAAGGACUUGUUAUCUAUCCUCAACGAGGGGCCUUACCAGAAAUUUCGACGUCAACAUGAUCUCACUAGAAUGUAGUAUGAAACCUCCAGAAAAAAAGUGAGGAAUGCUCAGACUGAACAAUUACCAGUAGCGAGGGUGGAAUCUACUCAAGACAACUAAACAAAAAGAAAAAUGCUCUGGAUGUGUUGACAUAUCUACAGAGCAGUUCAUCUGAUUCCGAAGAAUCAAUGCUGUGGCAAUAUAUUAAAGAGAAAAAAAGAGCACAUUCAAAUAUUUGAAAAAAAAAUCAAUUGAAAUCAUUUUUGCGGGACGGGGGAGCCCAUCAGUUUUUCAGUUAGCAUAUUAAAGUAGUUAGCGUAGCUCUAUCCUUCCCACCACAUAACAUGCUCCAUUUGCACACAUUGUAAGUCGCCGUUGCAUUGUCUCCGCUUUCCACGUCAAAAUAUUUCCACACUGGGAACCGUAUCAUUGAUAAGUGACGCUAGUUAGCUUCUCGCAGCAACAGCUACCAUUACUCUGUGUGUGUAUGUGUGUGCGUGUGUGUGUGUGUAUUUGGAUUAUUUUGUUGCUUUGUAGCCAUUAAAAAUGAAAAAUAAAGUGGAAAAAAAAGACAUAAAACAUUUUAAAGACAUGACUUUUUCCCCCUGAUUCCGGUUAGCUACAAAUGAUGUUAUUGGGCCCGAUUUUUGAUCACAUGAUCGGGACAUCCCGAAAUGCAAGAUGUUUUCCUCUU